UGCCUGCCAUAACUGGAAGGAGUAUAGCUGAAUUCUGGCAGCGCCAUUUUGAUAAUUUUGACAGCUGCCGGAAUCCUGACGGAUUUUUGCUGGCUGCCCGUUUUUCUUCCAAGCGGGAAAUUGUCACGAAAAACGAUGGAUUUGAUGCAAUUGGAUCAAGUUGAUGUAAAACCUCAAUUAAUUGCCACCGCUAAUAUCGUUGAUAAUUCUGUAUCAACUGGAAAUUUAGAUUCCGAUUCACAAAAACCAGCGGAAAUCGAUAUCUUACCGGUUGUGUACGAAAUCAUAAGAAGCGUUGAAAAAGAUCCGGUUGAUAACGCGGCCAAGCAGAAAGAAAGUCAGGAUUGCAGUCAAAAGGUACUUGAGUUACAAAGACGCUUAGAAUCAGCUCGUCGCACCAUUCGACUGCUUCCUGGAAUAGAACACAGCAAGGAAGAACAACUGCGUCGAUUGGAAAGCCUCAGGAAACAAUUAGCACUAAAGCAACAGCUCAUAAAAAAGUACAAGAACGUGCAGUUUUAA